GAUGUCAAACAACCUCUGAACACAGUUCAGUAAAUGAUUUUGUACAUUAUCAGAGCAGUUUUAAGAUCAUAACUUCAUCAUAAAUAUUUGAAGUAUCUCAAUAAAGUGCUGGUUUGUUUGUAACAAUCUGAUCGUUGUAAAGUUCUGACUGCUCUGUUCUGGUGUUGGUUUUGUACCACCACACUGUUAAUAGAACUUUGAGAGGACAACACAGUUUAUACUUGUAGUUUUAGAUUAUUGUAUGAAACAUAUGUACGUAUAAACAGGAAAACUAAUGUCACCUACAAGCCCUGAACUCAUCUUUGUGUCACCUUAAUUUUGCAAACCGAGGGUUUAUAGAACAUAUAACAAACAAAACGGUGUGAGUACAAGUUUAGUUGCACCACUGUUUUUAUCCUCUUAUUCUCAUAUGUAAUAUUCAAAUGUACUUUUAAAAUCUUUCUCUGGCAGAGCUGUUAGUGAUGUAGCCACAGUGAAAGGCUGCAGAACCAGUCUGGUUUCCUUUUGUUUGCGGUUUGUUUGCGGUUUCACUUUCCAGUCUGAAAAAUUUCCCUGAUGACAGGAAGUGCGAUGAGGUCAGUGUCUGAUGAGAGUUUUUAAGCUGACCGUCAGGCUCCUAGCCUCACAGUCCUCCUGCUAUCACCUUCACCAGAGGAAGAUUCUUCUCCCGCACCGCAGCGUCGUCUCGACCACAGAGGAAACCAAACAUGUCCCACAUCAUGAAGGUGUUUCUGCUCCUGGCUGUCAUCAUCUGCAUCUCUACAGCUCAGAUGGACCGCCAGUCAGGAAGGUGUCUGUGUGAACGCGUCAGGAACAGAAUCAGAUCGAUGUCUGACAUAAAGGAAGUCAAGAUCUACCAAGCGACCAUCUUCUGCAACAGAGUGGAGAUUGUGGUCACCAACAAAAACGGCUUUCCUUACUGCCUGAACCCCAAGCUGAACGCUGUGCAGAAACUCCUGGCCUCCAUCGUGAAACCGAAAACUCACCACAGCCUGAUCAACUGAGCUCCCGUCCACCAGCAUGGACCAAUGAGAAGUUUGAUGACCUCUGACCCACCAAAUGCACCUUCAGUGAAUGUAGACGUGACAUGAGUGAAAGCUUUAUAUCUAUUUAUCUCAUAUUUAUACUGACAGCACUGAGACUGUGUCUCCGCUCUAUUUUAUUUCCUUGUUUUUUAAAUGUGACUUGUGAACCAAGUUUUCUGUAUUUUGGGAAUUUAGGUGUUUUUUAAUUAAUAAAAAAAAUAAAAAUCAAA